AUGAAGCGCAGUAUGCCACAAAGGAUUAUAAAACUUUACCCGUUGCUCUGCUUAUUGCUCUGCCUGAGCGCGGGCGGCGUGGAGUCGGCCUUGAGAUUGCGUCACGCCAGCAGAUCAACCCGCAUCAGCAGCACCACACCCGCCACCACCACCAUCAGCACCACCAGCACCAGUCCCAAAGCUGUGCUAGCCGAAGUGGAGCAGCUGGCGAAGCCAUCGACAACGGAGAGCAUCGAGACAUUGCCCACGAGCAAGCAUAAGCGUGGAAUUCUUCAUGGCGGCGCCCAUUGGCCCGCUCGCACCUAUGCGGCUCAGUAUGGUUAUAGUCUGCAGUUGCCUGGCGCCGCAUCUUUCCUAGCCGCUGGUCCUGCUCUGCAUCGUCCGCAUCAUCAUCAUGGCUUUGUCAAGUUGCCCGCGGGCUAUUUCAUCAAACAAUUUGCUGCUGCCCCAGGCGGCGCUGCUUUGCUCCCAGCUGGUGUGGCCAGCACUUUGCCCGCCGUCAGCGCUUUGCCUGCUCUGCCCGCUGUUCAACCUUUGCCUGCUGUUGCUGCUCCUGCUGCUGCUGCUCCCUCGUAUGUGCUGCGUCCCGGCAACGCUGUCGUCUCCUCCUACAGCAUCAACUAUCCCCAUCAGCAUUUGCACAGACCGCUCAACAGACCACUACACUUUCAUCAUGCUCUGCAGCCCACUUUGGUGCAGUCCGUAGCUCCCGUUACGCCCGUUGCGCCUGUUACCCCCAUAGCUCCCGCUCUGCCCGUGCAUCCAGUUCAGCCCAUCCAACCCAUACAGCCAGUGCAGCCCAUACAGCCCGUCCAGCCAGUUCAGCCCGUACAGGGUGUGCAGCCUAUUCAGCCCCUGCCAGCAUUUCAUCCUGGCUUUAGCUUCACCACAGUGCAGCAAGAGUUUCCCUCCGUGCAGCAAGAAUUUCCCCCAGUGCCCACAUUUGCAUUUCAACCAGCGCCAGCGCCUGUACCAGCAGCAGUGCCCGUGCCCGUAGCCCCGCCUACUCCAGAGGUGCCUGCUAUACCAGAAAUUCCACAAAUCCCACAAAUACCGCAAAUACCACAAAUUCCUCAAGUUCCAGAGUUUACGCAGCAGUUUCCACAGCUGCCACAGUUUCCCAAAUUUCCGCAGUUCAACAUACCACAGUUUCCGUUUCCACAGGCGCCACAAUUUCCCCAAGCGCCAGAAUUUCCUCAAGCGCCUCAAUUUCCACAAGCGCCUGAACUGACGCCCGCUACUGCGGUACCUGCAAAUCCUGCCUUCCCAGCUAGUCCAGCCUUCCCAGCUAGUCCUGCCUUCCCAGCUAGUCCUGCAGCGCCCGCCACACCGCCCAGCAAUCAAUUCUUCCCUUCAUCAGUGCAGCCGCCUCUGCCACAGCAACCACCCAUCUUUGUUCCCGAGGCACAAUUUCCGGGUGGCAUACUGCCAUUGCCUGGCUCCAGCCCUGUGCAACCGGAAACCGGCACCGCGAUUGCCUCACCACAAAUACCCAACACACCAGAGUCAGCGCAGCCUGCAGAGCCCGAACAGAACUUGCCCUCACCGUUGCCCACACAGCCGCAGCAACAGCCUUGGCGGCCCGUCGUCUACCAGCCCGCCGAUAGGCCCAGUCGUCCUUCCCACACACUGCAGCCACCAUAUGGCAGCUCACCAGGCGAGGCUUACCUGCCUCCAGUUAGUUCGCAGUCCCAACAGCUGAGUGCCGCCAGCAGUGGCUACAGCAGUCAUGGAGUCUUCGACCAUUUAAGUGAUGCUGAAAUCGAUCAUAUCUUUGCUCAGGCUAAUCUUGCACAGCAGCAACAUCAACAGCAUCAGCAGCAGCAGCAACAGCAGCAACAACACCAUCAGGGCUAUAAUCGUUACUAAGGGCUUGCACAUUAUAACGCCUUUCGCAUUGUUUGCUUUACUUCUUGUCUAUU